UUGCGGACACAUCACCCCUGAGCCCUCGCCCGUCCAUCAGUCCACGCUGAACACCAUGAGAGCUGGGUUGAGACUGUUGCUGCUGGUUUCGGCAGCAGCUGUUUGUGUUUCAAAUGCUCAAACCGACAACAGCAGCGACAAUGACAAGCAGCAGCAGCGCAGCAUCUGGGAUGAACCCAUCAGAUUCAGCACCAAGACCAAAGACUCCUGCACCAUGGUGGUGUCUGCACCAGAGAACUACACCCGCCUUCGUGUCUCCUGCAAGGGCCAAACCCCAGGACGCUCUUACUACUGCGACUUCCAGGGAAAACCCACCCUGUGCCGGGCCUACAACCAGAACCCUCGCCACUACUUCACACAGAUGAUGUGGGAGUUGAGGAAACUGAGCCACGCCUGCCAGGGAACUAAAAUCUACCGCCCGCACAUGUGCAAGAAAUACCCAGAUGAGACUCAGAUGACCUUGCUGGCCUCCUGGCCCAAAACAGCCAACUUGAAGCCCUCUAAGCCCGCUCAGGAACCACGUAAACCAGCACUGCCAGGUCAGACCAAGCCUGUUACUUCUCCUAAACCUGUGAAGCCCAAUAAGCAGCCAGGCAAGGGGCGUCAGAGCAGGAAGACUACUCCUAAGCCUGAGAAAACCAGUUAUCACCCGACGGAGCUGCCUGAAUCCACAGCUUCCCGUCUUGCAUCCGAUUACUGCUGGAAGAGCUUCCAAGGCAUCUGCACCUACGUCAUCAACUGGUUCCAAAACUGAGACGAUACCGCAGCCACAGUUGGAGUGCCCCAUCCGCACUUCCAUCUUUGACCUCUGUGUGGAAGCUCCUGGAGUCAUUUGAUCGAACUCCGAACUCCUCGCGUUACAGCACCCUACAGACUGAGACCAAAACCCUUGACCUACACCUGUGUGCAAUUAGCAGAUGAUUUCUUUCCUGUAGUGUCUUUUUUUUUUUUUGAAUGUGUCAAAAUGACAGCAAGACAAAGGAGAAAAUAUAGCAGGCAUGUGUUUCUGUUUGUAUAUGAUGGAAAAUUCCCUCCAGCUUUAAUUGCAGAAGAGAAUAAAAUCUGAGUGGUGGCCCUCCUC